AUGAUUGCAAACAAAACGCAUUUGGUUCAUCCCACCAAAAGAAGAAAAACAUCAUCACCAUCAUCACCACCAUCAUCAUCAACGGAUUGGUCUAGAGGACUUCACACCGACUCCUGGGAAUCAAUCCUAAACCGAUUAUCCGCCGUUGAAUUGCUUGAUCAACCACCAUUGCUCAUGCUUCCUUGUCAUCAUGAUCAAGACAAUAAAAAUAGCCGUUGCUUAUACAAUCUUGCAGAGAAAAAGGUGUAUAAGCAACUAACCAAUAUCCCAAAAGUCUUGGGUCACACUCGUUGCAUUGGAUCAUCUCAUGGGUGGCUGAUAUUUUUGGACGACCAAAAAGCAAUCCCAUACAUCCUCAAUCCAUUCUUGGAGGUUUGGAUUGAACUUCCUAUUUUUCGCGUUACCGGUGACAUUUACAGGACCUUUGAGAAGGCUGUACUAUCAGCAGACCCAAUUCACAGUGACAACACCUAUUGGGUUGUAGUAAUAUAUGGUGUUGCUUCUUCAAAGCUUGCCUUUUCAAGGUGUGGAGGUAGUGAAUGGACUGCCCUCAAUGGUGUACAUCAACCCUAUUGUGAUAUCAUAUUCCACAAUCAUCAUAUUUUUGCUUUAGGUGAAACAGGUUCAGUUGAAAUUUGGGAUUUCAACACUUCUUUGAUCCCUACAAAAAAGAUGGACAUUAGGCCUUCUUUUCCUAGGAGUAAGUUUGAAUUUGAGAAUGUACUUGUUCGUGAGGCAGAUCUUCUUCUUGAAGAAGAUAACCCAAUGCAUUUGGUGUGUCCAUACAUGACAAAGGUUUUUCAUGUUUACAAGCUUGAUUUUGAUCUGAAAAAGUGGGUGGAACUGGAAUACUUAGGCGAUUGCAUGCUCUUUUUGGGUGGGAAUCACUCCAUUUCACUAUCACACAAUAGUUUUCCAAACUGGAAAGGGAAUUCAGUUUACUUCACUGAUGAUAAUUGGGAUCGAAUGAAUGGAGGUCAUGACACUGGCAGGUUUGAUUUGGAGGAUCAGAGAACAGAACUGAUUAAUGAAGAUGAUUUGCAGAAGAUUGAACCAGCACCCAUUUGGAUUGUUCCUAAUCCAUGCUAG